UUUUGAGAACACAAGGGAAUUUAUUAGGCUUAUAUAUUAUGAUUAUUAUUAUCUUUAUAAUUUUCUUUAGGGGGUCUGGGUAUCUCAGCGAGUAGUGAUGCUGACUAUCACAUCUGGAGUCGUGAGUUUGAGUGACUCCAGCCAGGUCUCCUUAGCAACCAAAUUGGCCCGGUUGCUAGGGAGGGUAGAGUCACAUGGGGUAACCUCCUCGUGGUCACUAUAAUGUGGUUCUCGCUCUCGGUGGGGCGUGUGGUGAGUGACUCCAGCCAGGUCUCCUUAGCAACGAAAUUGGUCCGGUUGCUAGGGAGGGUAGAGUCACAUGGGGUAACCUCCUCGUGGUCGCUAUAAUGUGGUUCUUGCUCUCGGUGGGGCGUGUGGUGAGUUGUGCGUGGAUGCCGAUGAGAAUAGUGUGAAGCCUCCACAUGUGCUACGUCUCCACGGUAACACGCUCAACAAGUCAUGUGAUAAGAUGCGCGGAUUGACAGUCUCAGACGUGGAGGCAACUGAGAUUCGUCCUCCGCCACCCGGAUUGAUGUUUUUCAUGUUUCAAUAAAUGAAUAAUAUAUUUAAAGCACAAAUAUUCAUGACAUUCAGCAGAGGGGCUUGCUAUAUAUUCGGAUAUCAGUGAUAUUUUAUAAGGCGAUUAUCACUCAAAUAUAUUUACCUAUCGCUCAGCCCAAAUGCAAAGUAAACUUAAGAAUUUCAAAUUAAACCCACAAAGAAUUGUGUGUGUAGCCUUUAAAUAUGUUGUGACACAUUUCCCUGCAGUAUUAUUCUGCAUGACAAUAGUUUCCUGGGUUUUUAAAGUUAAAGCUUUGCUAGUUCGUCUCUGUUGGUUUUCUGCUCAAGGCCAAACGGUCUGAUAUCAGUUCUUUCAGAAGUGUUGUUCUCCCCCUCCAUACGGUGUGUUUAUUGAGAGCAUUAUAUAGAGUUGUGUUUGUCCUUGUGUCAUCUGUUGAAUAAUGGCCCACACAUGCAUCGACGACUCUAUUGAUCCACGACCUUCUCCAUCACUGACAUGUCUCUGUGUUUGUCCUCUCUCUGCAGGCGUCCUGCUUACUCAAACAAGGCAAAUACAAAGAAGGCGAGAUUCUGUACAAGGAUAUUCUGACGCGCGCUCAUGAGAAAGAGUUUGGAUCGGUGGAUGCUGAAAACAAACCCAUCUGGAUGCACGCGGAGGAGAGAGAAGAGAUGAGCAAGGGGAAACAAAGAGACACUCCCUACGGAGAAUAUGGAGGCUGGUACAAAGCCUGCAAAGUCAACAGUCCGACUGUAAACACGACUCUGAGGAAUCUGGGUGCUCUGUACCGCAGACAGGGGAAGAUGGAGGCUGCCGAGACACUGGAGGAAUGUGCCAUGAGAUCCAGAAAACAGGGUCUGGAUCCCGUGCAUCAGUCUCGUGUUGUGGAGAUCCUGAAGGAGGGUGACGUGGCCAGCGCAGUCGAGACAGUCUGUCCAGUGUAA